GCCCGUAGUCCACCCACCCACCAAGGUUCGAUCGAGUUCUUCUUCAGGGUACAUGGUCGAUCUGAGUUGAGCCCCGGAAGAGUUUGUACCCAGCCAUGGAGGCAGCUGGUGGAUAAGACGGCGAGGACGCAGCCUAGUUUCCAAAAAUAGCCACGCUAAGUCCGCCCCGGAGACAAGAUGGGAACGGCGCUAAUUCUGGCGGCGUGGCGGCCCAUGACUUCUUGCUAAAUCAGAUCCAUGGUGUGAGCUGGCCACCCAUAGUACGCGUCGCCGUGCUGCCGACUUCUCUGGCUAGGCGAAGGUGAACUCACUUACCAUGGGCCUCGAGGUAGCAGGUGCGGGGGCACCUGAAGUUCAGAGUAAGUUCUGGGGUAUUGUGGUCUGCUUUUUCUUGGGAAAUGGAAGCCUUUUUGCGUGGAACAGUAUGCUUACGAUCGAAGAUUACUAUGUCACUCUCUUCCCGAAAUACCAUCCAACAAGAGUUCUUACACUAGUUUACCAGCCUUUUGCCUUUGGGCUCACCUGCAUCUUUACAUACUAUGAAGCUAAACUCAACACGAGGCGGAGAAAUCUUGCUGGAUUUGCACUUUUCUUCCUUAGUUCUUUGGCGUUAAUAAUGCUGGACAUUGGUACGAAAGGACACGGUGGAAUUCCCCCAUACAUUGGAAUAUGCAUUAUCAGUGCCCUUUUCGGGACAUCUGAUGCCCUCGUUCAAGGUGGAAUUGUUGGCGACAUUUCCUUGAUGUGCCCAGAGUUCAUUCAGUCCUUCUUGGCAGGCCUGGCUGCAUCAGGAGUUCUAACAUCAGCUUUGAGAUUAAUCACAAAGGCAGCGUUUGAGGACUCACAAAAUGGUCUUCGAAAUGGAGCCAUGCUAUUCUUCUCGGUAACAUGCCUCUUCGAGCUACUUUGCUUCCUUCUAUACGCAUAUGUUUUUCCCAAAUUACCCAUCGUGAAGUACUACCGCACAAAGGCAGCUUCUGAAGGUAGCAUGACCGUUGGCAGCGACCUUGCUGCUGCAGGAGUCAAAACUGAGCAAGAUAGACAGGUUGAGGAGGAUCCCCUGAAGCACGAACGUCUCAGUACCAAACAGCUGCUGAUGCAGAACAUAGACUAUGCGGUUGACAUUUACUUAAUAUAUGUCUUGACCCUAUCAAUCUUCCCUGGAUUUCUAUCCGAAGACACGGGAGCACACAGUCUGGGAACAUGGUACGCGCUUACGCUUAUCUCGAUGUACAACGUGUUAGAUCUGAUCGGUAGGUACGUGCCGCUGAUCAAGUGCAUGAAGAUAACUAACCGGAAGGUCCUGAUGGGGGCGAUCCUGGCGCGGUUCCUGUUCAUCCCGGCAUUCUACUUCACGGCCAAGUACGGCGAUCAAGGGUACAUGAUCUUCCUGACAUCCUUACUGGGCCUGACCAAUGGCUACCUCACCGUGUGCGUCCUUGCCGAGGCGCCCAACGGGUACAAGGGGCCGGAGCAGAAUGCUCUGGGCAACGUGCUCGUGGUGUGCCUCCUCGCCGGCUUAUUCUCCGGUGUCGUGCUCGACUGGAUGUGGUUGAUAGGCAAGGGCUGGUAGACGAGCUCUUUCGUGUUGUUCGGCCGGCGCGUUUGGCAGUUCAGACUCUUUAGAUAGAAUGUUGCAGAAAAAAGGAUUACUGCAGUAUAAUAGUAUAUUUCGAGUGAUUAUUAAUGUUCUUAAAGUAAGUGUUCUCCAA